CCCCUCAGGGACGCUGCAACUCGCCGAGGGCGGCCGCGGCGCCAUUUUGAAUCGGUUGCGGGUGGAAGGCGGCGGCGGAGCGGGGAGGCUUCCGUGUCCCCCGGGAAUCAGCCGGCCAGGAGGGAGCGAGGCCCCGGAGAUGGCCGCGAAUCGCAACCUGAAGCAAGUGAGGAUCGAGAACAGCUCGCCGGCGGCGCCGCUGGGCAUGGUGGGGGGCGGCGGCGGCGGCGGCCUGAAGGGCUUGCGAGGCCUGGAAGCGGAGAGCGAGGCGGCGGCGGCGGCCGCCAUGGCGCUGGUGCCGGGGAAGGAGGCUGGGGACGAGGAGCAGGAGGGCGGCUUCACCAUCGACAUCAAGAGCUUCCUCAAGCCGGGCGAGAAGAGCUACACGCAGCGCUGCCGGCUCUUCGUGGGCAACCUGCCGACCGACAUCACCGAGGAGGAUUUCAAGCGGCUCUUCGAGCGCUACGGGGAGCCCAGCGAGGUCUUCAUCAACCGGGACCGCGGCUUCGGCUUCAUCCGCCUGGAAUCUAGGACACUGGCUGAAAUAGCAAAGGCAGAACUUGAUGGUACAAUUUUGAAGAGCAGACCACUUCGAAUUCGAUUUGCUACACAUGGAGCUGCCCUAACAGUCAAGAAUCUUUCACCUGUGGUUUCUAAUGAGCUGCUGGAACAAGCUUUCUCUCAAUUUGGGCCAGUGGAAAGAGCUGUUGUUGUAGUAGAUGAUCGUGGCAGAGCUACAGGAAAAGGUUUCGUAGAAUUUGCAGCAAAACCUCCAGCACGGAAAGCUCUAGAAAGAUGCAGUGAUGGGGCAUUCUUGCUAACAACAACACCUCGACCUGUUGUUGUAGAACCAAUGGAGCAAUUUGAUGAUGAAGAUGGGCUUCCAGAGAAGCUAAUGCAAAAAACACAACAAUAUCACAAGGAAAGAGAACAGCCUCCGCGUUUUGCUCAACCUGGAACAUUUGAGUUUGAGUAUGCUUCACGUUGGAAGGCUCUUGAUGAGAUGGAAAAGCAACAGCGUGAACAGGUUGACAGGAACAUUAGAGAAGCCAAAGAGAAACUAGAGGCAGAAAUGGAAGCAGCUAGACAUGAGCAUCAGCUAAUGCUGAUGAGGCAAGAUCUCAUGCGACGCCAAGAAGAAUUGAGGCGUUUGGAAGAACUUCGGAAUCAAGAACUUCAAAAACGCAAGCAGAUACAAUUGAGGCAUGAGGAAGAACAUCGACGACGUGAAGAAGAGAUGCUACGGCAGAGGGAACAGGAGGAACUGAGACGACAGCAGGAGGGAGGAUUUAAGCCAAAUUUCAUGGAUAAUAGAGAACAGGAAAUGAGAAUGGGUGAUAUGGGUCCUCGUGGAGCAAUAAACAUGGGAGAUGCGUUUAGCCCAGCACCUGCUGGUAACCAAGGCCCUCCUCCAAUGAUGGGUAUGAAUAUGAACAACAGAGGAACUUUACCUGGCCCUGCAAUGGGUCCUGGUCCUUCCAUGGGACCAGAAGGAGCUGCAAAUAUGGGAACACCAAUGAUGCCAGAUAAUGGAACAGUGCAUAAUGAGAGAUUCCCUCAAGGAGGUCCAUCACAGAUGGGUUCACCUCUGGUUAGUAGAACGGGCUCUGAAACUCCUCAGCCGCCAAUGAGUGGUGUAGGUGCCGUGAGUGGUGGACCUGGUGGCUUUGGUAGAGGAAACCCAGGGGGCAACUUUGAAGGACCUAACAAGCGUCGCAGAUACUAAAACUUACUUCAUUCCUUACUGUUAAGAAAUUCCGGUAAAAAUAUACGGUUAUAUGCCUUUAUAAUUUUAGCUGUUAUCUGGAAACGGUUUUAUUGUUAUUGUAGUCUUUAAAACGGUUUCUUUUGUAAAACUUUUUUGUAUUCAGUCAUAGGCUUUGUAGUAUAGAGCAGAAAUGAUGCAGAUCAGUAUGUAAGGCAAUGUGUUUGUGACUAGCAAAAUACAAUGUGUGACUAUGCUGUAAAACAUGCAGUUAUCUGAUUACAAUAAAAUAUAAACAUCACUUGAAAGGAUUUUGGGAAUGUUAUUACUAAUACUGGGUGAGAAUAAUUUUAUGCUUAAUUAUAAGUGGCAUUUUCAUUCUUAGUAUGUAGCUUCUACUGUGUGUCAAAAAAAUCUAUUAAUAGUGAACGUAUUCAGCUAGAAGUGCAUGUUGCAGUACAUACUAUGAGAACUUACAUUGCAACUGCUUACCUUUGCUUCAACUUUUAGAGCAUCAAGUUUUAUACAAAGUGUUUUCUUAAGGAUACUGUGUCCUCUUUUGUUUCAGUCUCCCUCUGCAAACUUAGUCACAGCAGACUUACAGUGUAUCUUUCAUUCAAAUUACUGAAAAAAAUAACUUUGGAGGAAAGAAAAACUAAACAAAAAACAUAAAACCUCUGGAAAAGGAAUCUGUAUGUUUACUUUAUUCAUGAUGGUAUGAAUGAAUUUACCUAAACUAUACUUGUGCAGAAGAAAAAUUGUUGUGACAUGAGUGUGUUGUACUGAUUGUUAAAGUAUCCUGGCAUCGAAGGGAGGAAACACUUGUGCAAGCUGGUUUAAAGCCUUCCACUGAUGUACGAUGCAUUAUUAUAUAUUUCCCCCACUGGUUGCAUUGAAACAAAUCUGUUAUCAUCAAUUAAAUGUUUAAUUCAUAGGCAAAUAGGGGUUUUCUAGUUAAAAUGGUUGUUUGCUUAUAGCAGAGGAUUCAUAUGCAUUUAGAAGGACUUCACAUAAGUAUUCUUGAAAAAUGUUUUGCAGAAUGAUAAAUUUGGAAAAUAUCCAUUCCCAACACAACACACACUAGUUUUGCAGAAUGAGUAUUGAGAUUGGAACUAAUGAUAAAGCUGUUAAGAAGCUUCUUAUGUUCAGAUUUCGGCAGUCAUGGAAGAUGAUGGAAAAGGCCUAUUGGUUCUAUUCCUGUAAUGGCAAGAAAGUAGGGAUAUGUUUGGUUACUAUGACUUUUUUUUUUCCUGUGAAAGUGUUUUGUUUUGCAUCUGUUCUUAUGUUUUCUCAAGUAGAAAUAAUUAAAAUUUAUAUGCAUGAAUAGUGCUACUAAAUUGCUUCAGAACUGAUUUAAGAUAACAUUGUGCCCUAAUUAUAUUGGAAUGGUAUGUAUGUAGCUCAAAGCAUGGGAUGCAAGCAGCAGAGAGCAUGUAUGUGUUACUUUUUAAUAUAGCAGUGAUGGUCUUGGUGAAUUUAACUGUGAGUAAAUGAGUAAAAUUAAAAAACAAAAAAAAAAAAAAAACAACAAAACAUUGCUAACAUUUUGGAAGCAUACUGUUUGAGUUGCCAGUAUUGUAUGGCCAAAGAUAAUGUGAGAUUGUUUUCUUAGAAUUCAAGAGUUACCGUGUGAAUAAGUCCUCACUUGUGACAUCUCUAAUUACUAAACAUUUUCUUCUUGACUAUCUUUAAUACUGCCUUUUUUUGCUCGGAGAUGCAUGCCACGUUAUGCAAUAGCGAGUUAGUUUUAAAGUCUGACAUACUGUUCCCUCCUUGAUACACGUAUCACGUUACAGCACUCAUUCUUCCAGAAAAAAACACCUGCAACCGCUUUUCUUGAGCAUACUGGUCCUGGAAAUUUAGCAUUUGGGAAAAUAGCUGCUUUUUCACUAGGUAUAAAUUAGUAUUUAGAGCAAUUACUUAAGAUUUCUACUUUCAUGUUCUGCAUUCAGUUGAAAAUGCAGUUUACAUUAGUGUGUAUUAAGGUGUGUAAAUACUAUUUUGUCCCAUCUUUUCAGGCCUUGUUUUGAACAUAGCAUUUCUAUGGGGAUUGAGAAAGAUAGGUGAGGUUAUUAAUUCCAAACUGUAAAGCUGUGAGGGGAACAUGUUUUAAACAAUGUAACCUGAACUAGGUUCAGGAGGCUUGUUCCUUUUUUUUUUUUUUUUUUUUUUAAGAGAAGGCUGUGUCACUUGGCCCUUUUGGCCAACUCCCGUGUAUUCAGGUAGAUAAGGUAGUAUCUCUGUAGUAUCUAAAUGUGUUUCAAAAGUUCAUUAAGCAUAUCUAAUCUGCGAAAAGUGCUUCAUUCUUCCCCAGCCAGCCUCAGACUGUCUUGAGUGCAUAUGUUUGCACUGCAUUUUUUUUUUUUUUUGGUAACAAACCAAGCUAUGUAUUUACUUGAAAGUUCCUGUAGACUUUAAGUGUAACACUGGUGAUUUUCACUCCAUACUUAAUAGCCACCAUCAAUAUUAAAACUUUUGGUCAUAAAUGGCUCUGCUGCAUGCUGGAAUGCAUGUUUAUCUGCUGUCCUUACUACAGAAAAUCAUCUAGUCUUUACAUAUCCACGUAACAAGCCUUUAAGUCUUGAAAGAAAUAUAGAAAUGUUGAAUUUGGAUGCACUUCAAACAUUUUAUGAAUUCCUUUUGUAGCUAAUGACAGGCUGCUAAGUUCUGCUCUGAAUUAAAUUUUUCUUAGGACUGUCUGGCCAUGUUGAUUGUAUGCAGCUCAAUGGUAAAGGCAGUGCUUUUUCAUUUUGCCAUAUGUCGUAGUAACUGGCUAGCUCUUCAGCAAACAAUUUUGUUAAAAAAAGGAAUGGUCCUAAUUAAAUUGUUAAAAAUGGUAGGGAGAUAUGGCCAACCAGUGUUUUUGCUUGAAGAUACAGCCCAUAUGCUGGAAGUGAUUUAUUUUUCUUGUUCCUCAUCAAGCGUAGUAGUAGUUUAUCAGCUUUUCUGUGCACACAUAUACUGAAGUUCUGAACUCUUACCAUUUUUGCUGAGGCAGUGCAAAUGAUCUUGCAAAGGAUAUGAGAUUGUAAUGGAAUUACUUCUGGUAUUUUCUGAGUUUUUAGAUUAUUCUUGAAAUUUUGAUAUAAAUUGCUUAAUUUUUUUUAUGAGAUACAACUUCAGUACUGGAAUAUAGUAAAGCUUAAAUAUCUGUAUUACUAUUCCAUAUAAUUAAAAGCAAAGCUGACCUUAAGUUGUUUAUUGUCCACGUCUAUAUUUUAUCCAGUUCAAUCUAAAGAUACACCAGACUGGUGACUCCUAUUAGAACAGGGGUUAUAACAGAUGGCAAAGACACAAUAUAAACUGAAUAUUAUAUGAACUUAAUUUUAACCAUGCUCAACAGGAUUUUGUAGUCUGCACUCAUUGAGAUCCAUAGUAUAUUGUCAUAGGUUAAAAUUUAUACCAAACUCAUUGUUCCCUCUUUGGUGUCUUUCCUCAAAGUUUAAAGAAAAAUUACAUGUUCUUUUAACAAAUGAUGACACAAAAAUGCAUCAACCCCGUGAAGCACUGAUUGAUAAACAGUUGCAAUCUGCCGAGAGAUAACUUGGCCCAAAAAAUGAUGAAGUAAUUGAUCUAAAAGAACAUUCUUAAGUAGAAAAUAAAACCACAACAACAGCCUUAUGUUUUGAUGUGAGAUGCUCAGCAAAUAAAUGGUGUGCUCUGAAGGCAUGAAGGUCAUUUUACUUAAGCAUAUUGAGGGAACAAAUUUUUUUGGCAUACGAUUUCCUAUAAAGAAAAAAUGUAUAUUAGAUAAGUCUUUUCUCCAAUUAAUAUACAGCAAUGGAGCUAUUAAAAUAGUAGGGAAGGCCAGGUGGUGACUAAUGGGGUCAAUUUCCAUUGGGCCAUAGGUGUGGAUGGACACUCAGUGCCAUUCCUAGGUGUGGAGUGGUGCCAAUCCAUACGUAAUCUCACACAGCCUGCAUCCAGAGUGUCUCGUUAGCUCAUGCUUUGGGCUAGGACUGGGGGACUUGAUAGCAUAUUUUCCAAAUGCUCUUUAACUGUUUCCUUAGGUGCCCUGAAUUUAUUGAUUUGGGCACUGUGCUGCCAUUAACGUGCAAAAUUAUCUUGGGAUUUGGUGCUUUCCUUGGGGUGUUAGCUUAGCUCUAACAUGAGGAAGUAUCAGUCCAACCUGCCUCAUCCUUCAGUAGUGAGGAAGGCAGCGAGUGUGGCCUGGGAAAAUACAGGGGUCAGACAUUGCUAUGUUCAGUUGUUGGUUAUUUCUUUCAUGCUCUUUUGGAAGCAAACAGAGGACUGCCUCAUACCCAAAGUAUUUGUUUUCAUUAAAAUCAAUUUGAUGAAAUGUGAGAAUUUAAUAACAAUAGAAUGAUUGAGUUGCAUUACUUAGUCAUGUAUUAUGUUUUUUUUUUUUCCCAUAGGAAAAAAAGGCAGCUUUUUGCUGCCUUUUGGGAUACACCAUAAAAUAUACUUAGGUGGCCUCUCAGUUUGGCCUUUUGCUGAAGAAAUCUGUUGUGUAAAUUUGUGUUUUUUCCCCAUAGAAUGUUUUUAAAAUCAUAGCUGAAGACAUUUUUUCUAAAAAUUUAAGUUGUAGGAUAGAGAACUGAAUAUCCAAUUUUCACAAAACAAUACUUUCAUCUUAAAUACAUGUGAAACAAGCCUUGUGUGUGUUCAUUUUUCAUGGGAUAGAUUUAAUAGGUCUUUUCCAUCUUGAACUUCCUUAAGCUGUGAUUAAUUGAAAUUUGGAGGUAUUCAUAUUAAUUACUUCAGCCUGAUGUCUAAAAGUGGCAGGAGGAUGACUUUCUUCAGAAAAGCAGUUAACAGCAACCUUUUUUUCCUCAUUGAAGGAAAAAAAAAAAAAUUGUUUGGAGAUUACAAAAAAAAAAAAACAACAAAAAACCAGCAUACAUAUUGGUAAAAUAAUUUAAAAAACUGCUAUCAUAUAAUGAUUUUUACGCCCAUAUUGCAUUAACAGGGAAAAAAUAAAGCUUUAUAAACCUGAGUAAAAAAAAAUCUGAGUAAAAUCGUGCUGGUUUGUAUGUAGUCCCUUAAAUAGGGGACAAAAUGCUCGUAAUAAGAGGUAUGAGAUUGAAAAGGAACUUCACUGUGUUACUGCAUCCAGGUGUUGAUGAUUUCUAUCACUUUGUGUUGGUAAACGGUUUGUCUAGAGCUUCUAUUGUUUGUAGUUCUUCUAGUGUGCUUUUUUAUAUCUAAUUUCUGUAGAGUAAAACAUAGUUGUAUAAUUUGAAUUUACAUGCUAAAUGUAUGUGAGACAUAAAGUGCUUGACUUAAGAACAGUGAGAAUAAAGAUGUUGUCCUUGCCAUUGAUUUCUCAGUAAAAAAAAAAGAUUGCACACAACCUUGAA